AUGUGCUUGUACCAGUAUCUUAUUGCUGUGAGACAACAGGAUGGUCAACAAUUGACCAGUGAAGAUGGUGAGACUACAUCGCAUUUGCUGGGCAUGUUCUACCGAACAAUUCGACUUGUGGAGAAUGGAAUCAAGCCACUAUAUGUUUUCGAUGGAAAGCCUCCAGUGUUGAAAGGUGGAGAAUUGGAGAAGAGAUUGUUAAAAAGACAGGAGGCUGAAAAGCAAAUCGAAGAGUUGAAAGAAACUGGUACGGUGGAGGAGUUGAUGAAGUACGAGAAGAGAACCGUUCGGGCAUCCAGAGAACAGAACGACGAGGCCAAAAAGCUCUUAGAAUUGAUGGGAAUUCCAUAUGUUUUAGCACCAUCAGAGGCAGAAGCACAAUGUGCUGAAUUGGCUCGUGGAGGAAAGGUUUUCGCUGCCGCAUCUGAAGAUAUGGAUACCUUGUGUUAUGAACCCAAGUUUCUCUUGAGACAUUUGACCAUGGCUGAGGCACGAAAGAUGCCAAUUGAUCAAAUCGAAUACAGUGAGAUGUUAAAGGGACUUGAUAUGGAUAGACUGACAUUUGUGGACUUGUGUAUAUUGCUAGGGUGUGACUACUGUGAAACUAUCAAGGGUAUUGGUCCAGUGACGGCAUUCAAGCUCAUGAAGGAACACGGAUCGUUGGAAAAGAUCGUCAAGUGGAUUGAAGAUAACCCUGAGAAGACAAAGUACAAGAUUCCAGAGAAUUGGCCAUAUGACGAGGCCAAGCAGUUAUUUAUGAACCCAGAGAUCAGUAAGGCAGAGGAUGUGAACUUCAAAUGGGAAGAACCCAACGUGGAUGGACUUGUGGAGUUUAUGGUAAAACAAAAGGGCUUCAACGAGGAUAGAAUCAGGAGCGGAGCGGAAAAGCUCAAGAAGGGCUUGAAAGGUGGAGUCCAGGGCCGUUUGGAUGGAUUCUUCACUGUGGUGAAGCUGAGUUCACCAAAGAGAAAGAACGAGAAGGAAACAAAGGGGAAGGGGAAGAAGAAGGCCAAGCGUUAG